AAACACUUUUGUUUAUUAAUUAUAAUUACAAGUGUACAAUUUUCUGAUUAUACAAGGGAAAAUUCUUCAAAGUUCCUUGAGAUUUAUUAAGGUAAUGAAACAUGACUAACCAGGUAACCUUGGUCAUAAUGAAUUGUACACGCUGACCACUUACCAAUUUAACAUUAUUUUCUUUAUUUGAAGGUUUGAAGUUGAACGAACUCAUAUUAUUUUUUUGAUUGAAAACAUAUUCGGUUAUUGGUCUUGUGAACAAUUUGUGUUUCUUUCCCCCAAAACAACCAGUAUAAAAGAGACUGUUUUAAAAAAACCGCCAUCCAUACAACUAACAGGUGGUAACCAUGGUGAUGGUGUCCAAACAAGAAUUUUUCAGUGGAAGAUGAUAUUAUCACGCAUAAAACCAGCUUUGGGUGGUCAUCAACCAGAAAACCAUGGAAAAGCUAUUCCAACAUUGGAGUCUUUCCUUUCCAACAGGGAUUAUACUGGGGCUAUCACACUGCUGGAAUUUGAACAAAGUAGCGGAAAGGGUACCCAGCUAACUGACCAAUGGUUGGGUUAUUGCGCUUUCCACUUGGGCGAUUACAAGAAAGCGAUGGACAUUUACAGUAGAUUGGUUCAAGAACCUGAUCGUCCUGAGGAUGCGUCUAUCAAUCUAGCAUGUUGCUACUUCUUUCUUGGCUUAUACGAAGAAGCACAGAAGGGCCUGGAACAGACUCCGAAAAGCAGUCUGAAGCGACGUUUGCAGUUUCACCUAGCCCACAAACUAGGAUAUGAAAACCAAUUGAUGGAACUUCAUCAACAGCUCGAGAACGUUACCGAAGAUAUGCUCUGCCUGGCGGCGCUUCAUUACUUGAGAUCAAGCUACCAUGAAGCGAUAGAUAUUUACAAGAAGAUACUUCUCGACAACAGGGUUAUUAAAACUCAUCAGAAUAAUGAUAUAGAAUUUGUUGAAGCCCUAACACAAUCUACGCAAUAUAUCGCUUUGAACGUUUACGUUGCUUUGUGCUAUUACAAACUCGAUUAUUAUGAUAUGUCACAAGAGGUCCUCGCAACGUAUCUGCAGAAGUUUCCUGACUCAGCAAUAGCUCUUAACCUCAAAGCUUGCAACUAUUACAAAUUGGAGAAUGUGAAAGCUGCUGAAAAUGAAAUUAUGGCAUUAUUGGAAAAGAUCAGUCCUUCCUUUAUCUUUGGACAAGAUAUUAUCAAACAUAACCUAGUAGCGUUUAGAGAUGGUGUUGGAGCAUUACAGGUCUUACCGUCUCUUGUAGAUAUCAUCUCUGAAGCAAGACUUAACCUGACUAUUUACUAUUUAAAACAGGGUGAUUACAUGGAGGCCUAUGAAUUAGUUAAGAAUCUGGAACCGACAGUAUCACACGAAUACAUUCUAAAAGCCACUGUUAAUGCUGUGAUUGGACAAGAAACAAAUUCAAGAGAGCUAAUUAAAGCAGCUCAACAAUACUUUCAAUUGGUUGGGAACAGCGUAAGUGAGUGUGAUACCAUUCCUGGGCGGCAGUGUAUGGCGUCAGCAUUUUUCUUUCAGAGAAAGUUUGAUGAUGUCCAUCUCUAUCUCUCGUCUAUAAAGAGCUAUUUUUUCAAGGAUGAUGCCUUCAACUUCAACUAUGCUCAGGCUAAAUCAGCAUUAGGAAAUUAUAAAGAAGCUGAAGAGACAUUUUCACGACUCCAGAAUGAUAAAUUGCAAAAUGAUUAUGUCUAUAUUACUCAUAUGGCAAGAUGUUAUAUAAUGCAGGGAAAAGCCCAAGCUGCUUGGGAACUUUAUUUGAAGAUGGAUACAUCGACUGAAUCAUUAUCUUUACUUCAGUUGAUUGCCAACGAUUGUUAUAAGAAAGGAGAAUUUUAUCACGCAGCGAAAGCAUUCGACUUACUCGAGAGAUUGGAUCCAACACCUGAACACUGGGAGGGCAAGCGAGGUGCCUGCAUUGGAGUCUUUCAACUAAUUGUAGCAGACAAGCAGCCAACGAACCUUCUUUCAGACAUAAUUCAGCUGUUGAGAAACUCCACUAAUCCUCAGGUUGAAUCUAUCAUUAGGGUUAUCAAAAGAUGGGCAAAAGAGAGAAAAAUCAAUAUAUAAAUUUGUUAUGUUUUUAAUAAAAAUUUUAUUUUUUACAAAAAAAUUAGAAGGUUUUCUUCCUUUCAAGAUUACCUUUACGAGUAAUAUGUAUAUAUAUGAUGUCAUAUUACAAAACUUGACAAAACACUCAAACACAAAAUAAAUAACACACAGCAUAGUUACAAUUUUUAUCUUUCAUAUUUACAUUAAUUGCAUUUUUUGUGAUUGUAUCUAAAGAAAUUUGAAAUAUGAAAGUAAAUUUCAUCAUGAUAAUUACUAUAUAAAUUGCUUUUUUAUUUCUUUAAAUACCAGGAAACUGAUUCCCAAACUACAGAGCCACCUGGAGUUUGGUAAAAAUCAGCAUUCAUUGAUCUUGGUUGUCUACCAUUUCACAUAAGGAAAUUAUGAGAUUUAGGUACUUGUUUGACACACAAUUUAACGUUAUUUAAUUUCAUAAUGAGAACACUGUUUGCUUCUUUGGACCAUUUAGGAGUUAUAUGUGAUAAAAGUUUGUUCAAUAAUGUUAUUCAGUACAUUAUUGGAAUUUCUAAAUACAAGAAAAUUAAUAACUAAAAUAUGACAUAAAUAAAUAUCUUUGAGCUAAACUGAACAUUUCCAUCUUCUUUGGUGAGUUCAUCGGUAUGGAUUCCCAGCUGAAAUAAUAUGUAUUGGUUCCGAAUAAGAUUCCGUAAUGCCUUCAAUCUGUGUGAAUUAUAUAAAUGAAUAAUUAAAUAUAUAUAUGCAUGUAAAUUCCUUCUAAGUAAAAUAUUUCUUAUUCGAAGAUCGUUAAAUAUUUUAAAAUAUACUUACUACAACAACGGGUGCCUUGAUCGUGAUACAACUGAAACUUGGCAAGAAGGUAAGUAGAAGCGCUCCAUGAGCAAGGACCAGGAACCAUUCGCCAGCGGCACUAAGGAUAUGUGGAAUAUAACCUCUGUCUUUUGGCAACCACUGGCGUUCUUCACUUCCCUUACCUAUUAAAUCCAAUAAUAUUCAUGAAUUAUUUAAAAUUUAUUAGAGAAUAGCUAAGGUAC